GCACGAUCGACCUAUGAGAUAACAUUAAACUCCGAUAAACGCCUUAUGGACGUCAUAUAAAUGAGUUUCGUGUAUAAGUUUGCAAAUGUACGUGAAACAUUUCAGCAUUACUUGACAGCAAUUCUCUUGACAAAAAUAUGUUUAUUAUUACUUACCCGGAUGCGGUUUUGAUGAUUUAUGGAAGCACGUUGCCGAGCAACGUAAAGGUAAAACCUAACGGCACACCGAGUCCAAUUGAUAAACAUUCAAUAUGAAACUGUAUUUAUUUUGACAGUUUGGCCAGAAAAAAGCUCUUUAUUUGAGUCUUAAGAUGAAGAUGAGCCAGCCUUUCACCAAAAGCUUUAAACACAACUUGCCAAAGACAUCCAACGAACAGCACAGUAGCAAAGCCAAGUCUUCGUGCCCCAACGUUACAGAAAGCAACAGCUUGAAAACAGACGUGCUUUGCAACUCUGCACAUAAAGUGAGGCGUUUUAAAACCAGGAAGGAGAGGAAUCAGAUUCGAGGUCAAGAGAGAAGCAGGUCUCAGCCAUGCCCUCAGCAAAACAGAAAAGAAGUUGGCGAGAAAACCCAGCGCCACCACAUCCAUCCAAUGUCUAGUUCUAGAAAUGAGAGGCCAUUCGCCAAGCCAUUCCUCCCCCAGAAGCCAAGCAUCAUAACUGAAGGACGCCUUACCUCCAUCAAAGGCCUUUUCAGCAAUGAGGUUAGGUCGUUGGAUAUUGAACGACUGGUGAGCGAGCAAAUAAAGCAAGAUAACCAUAAAAAGGAGCAGAGAAAACAGUCUAUGGUGCACAUUAGAUCACAGCUACCUCCAUUAGUACCUGAUUCAGACCAGGACUGCAUUUUCAAAGACGUACUGGAACCAGAGAACAAUUCACCCCCACACAUCAAGAGGAAAACUUCAAGAAAAGAACUCACUGGGGAAAAAACUAGUGGUUUCCAGACUAAUAGACAGCUAGAAGUCUCAGCUCCUACAGCAUCAUCAAGUGUAGAUGAGAAGCAUAGAAGAAACACCAGAACUGUAAUGGAAGGUAAUAAUAGCCAAAAACAGCAAAAUAGUCCAAAAGAACCUGAACAAGUGAUUUUGUCAUCCUCAGAAAAUGAACCAGUUCACCAGUUUUGCUCUACUCCAGGUGAAACUAAUAAGCAUAACUUUAAUAUUUCACAAACAAGCACUCUCAGGACCCCUGAUGAUGGAAACCAUAUUCAGAGAUUUGAGGAAACCUCUGCAAUAGUGGAAUUCCCAAACAUGGAAGAUCGGCAGCCUUUAACCUCUUUACCUGGACUGGACUCAGGGGCUGGACAAUUAGCAAACAAUGACAAGCAGGAGGAGGAAAUGUCAGUGUCUUGUAGAGAAGGAGUAAAAAGGCUGGCCAAACGUUUGUGCUCGGCUUCAGACCUCUAUGUGCCAAGCCAUCAGCGCUCCCUACUGGAUAAGUGUAAGAAGACACUGAUGCAGACUUUACAAAAAAGACACAGCUUCCAGUUAAAUCACAACCUGCACAUGCUACGUUCAUCCUUGAAUGGGAAGCAAAAAGCCUCUCAGCUAAGCACAGAACAGACAUGUGAAAACCGUUCACCAUUUAGCCAUGCAGUGGAGAUUGAGGAUAGGUGUAACACCAGCAACAUGUUGAUUUGGACAGACAGUGCCGUACAGCAAAAUUUCUUGUCAGAUCAAGUUCCUCGACAUCAGGACAGGGGUAUGUCCACCAAGAAACGUAAGGUACAAGAGUGGAAGAUCUCUUCUCCUCAGUUCUUCCUAAAAGAACCACAACAAUCACAGGUGGACAUGUUUGACCAGUGGAGGAGACCAGCUAUGUUGUCUCAGAAUAGCUUCAGAUCUCAUCAGCAUCCCAUCGGAGAGCUUUUCAACCAGGACCAGAUCUUCACCCAGCAUGCUGCACCUAUACUCAAAGCCCCAACCUGGGAGGAUCAUCCUGUAAAUCCACAUUCCCAGCAGCAGUUCCGCAGCAGAGGGGAGAGCUGGACUAAUGUAGAUUUAGAUCUGUCCAAAAUCUCUCAGCAGUUUAGAGAAGACACAAAUGUUAAUAUUGAUUCAUAUCAAUUUUAUGACAGCAGGAAACAAAGACCACAAGAAGCUUCAUUUGGAGGAUCCAGCUUCUGGUCCCAUCAGUUACAAAUUCAGGAUGAAAGAAAAAAAACGUCUCCUUUCUCGUUCUCAGCAUCUUAUCUUACAGAGGGAUUUCAGUAUGAGCCUUUUUUUCGCUGUCCACAUCCAUCUAACACCCAACACAGGUCAGAAUAUCCGAGUAUUAUGACUCUUUGUCCCAGGUCACAGUCACACACACCAUUUUACCCUCACCUUUUCCCUUAGAGAAGAGAAUUGACCAGAGAGAAUCAUCACUGGUUCUGCUAAGCAAUUAUUUGCUUGCUGUUUUUGUGUGAAUAAUUUCUUCCCCUUCACAAUACUGAUUUAACUUUUUAUUGUUUCAAAAAGACCAUCACCUCUACAUGUGAUUUCAGAUUGGGAGUUUAGCAUGCUCACAUUAUGUAUAGUCAUGAUUUCUUUAGUGUAUUUUUAUAUACUAAUUAAAAGGUAGUAAGAGUGAAUAACUUCUUAAUAUCAAAUUACUCUUAAUGCUGCACUGAUAUUGAAACUUAGUUGUUGAAAUGGGGUAAGUGUGUUAUCUACAACAAAUGAUGCUGCUUGAU